CCUGUGUAACUAAAACUACUUUUACCUACAUUUUCUCAUGUACUGGUUAGGAGGCUUAUAUGAGACAAGUGUCGCUGUGGAUUGACAUGCACUGCCCCUCUCCAAAAUUCAUUUGCUAAGACUCUAACCCCCUUUGUAACACUGUUUGGAGACAGAGCUUUAUUUAGGUUAGAUCAUAAAGAUGGGUCCCUAAUCCAAUAGGAUUCCAGGUCUCUCAAGAAGAGAAAGAGGGAGCCAUUGCUCUCCUGGUGCGCAUGCACUAAAGACAGACCAUAUAAGGACCAUAUAAGGACACAGCAAGAAGACAGCCGUCUAUAGGAUAGGAAAAGGGGUGUCACUGGAACCUGACCAUGCUGUCCCCCCGGCCUUUUCUAGCCGCCGGAGCUGUGAAGAAAUAAAUUUCUAUUGUUUAAGCCACACAGUCUAUUUUGUUUGAGUAGCCUGAGAAGACUUAAGAGUGAGGUGGGAACAGCAAAGCCUUUUGAAGCCAGACUUCUUGAAAUAAAGUCCCGGCUUUCCUGCUCAGUAGCGCUAAGACUUUAGGCAAGUUAUGUGACUUUCCUGUGACUCAAGUUCCUCAUAUAUAAAAUGAAUUCCUACAUUUUUUUAUUAUUUGAGGGAAAAGUACUUGGGACAACGAUUCUCACAUGUAUACUGUAUAUAUGUGUGAGUUUGUUUUUAUGGUAUAUUUUAGAUUUAUAAUGCAAAAUAUGAAUUUUUUCUAUAAAAAAAUCCCAUUCUUUGUUAUUUUUACAGCAAUGAUAUAGUCUGUCCAUUCCAUAACCCAACCCUAAAUCACUGACAUUUAAUGGCACAACUUCUAAGGAAUCACCAAAGUUCAGGGAAACCAAAUACACGUUAAAAGAGAGUCCUCAGUAAGAUGCACUUGUAAUCUAAGGAGAAAAAAUUUUCAAACAGAGGGUCAGAAGUAGGCUGUGAAAUCAAUCUCAUGAUUUACAACCAGCCUUUUUAAAAAAUAAAAUAAGCAGAGAAAAAAUUUUCAAACAGAGGGUCAGAAUGUAUUAGUAGGCUGUGAAAUCAAUCUCAUGAUUUACAACCAGCCUUUUUAAAAAAUAAGCUAAAUUAAAAUAUAUCAGAGAGCCCUUAAGGUAGCAUUGUUUUCAGAGUUUUUGUUUCAGAUGUUUGUGUGUAGGUGCACAUGUGGGCGCAUGGAUGGAAGCAGAGUGAAAGAGAUUACUUUGCAAUCAUAAAGUCUCAUCAUCUGAUUUCCUCUGAAGUAUUUCAGAAGAAUGAAUACAUUAUCGUAAUCUUUCUUUCCCCACAGCUCUGUAGACACAUCUGCCAGGCCACUCCUUUUAGAGAUAUGGGUCUGUGGUUUCCAAUGAGCUCUUCAUAUACGGGUUCCUGCCUCACAUUUUAUAUUAAGGGGAGGGACUGUAUUUGUUUCCUUGAUUUUUUUUUUUUUUUUUACAGUGAAGUGUGAAGGAGAUGGGGGUGGGCAUAGGGGUAAGGUGUAACUAAUGAAAUCAGAAACAAAACUAAGUUUAGGACGCCAGCCACAAGGGGCCUGAUUUUGGCCAAGCAGAUACCAUGUGUGAGAUCCAUAUUAUUUACUUGAGGGUCUGCUAUCAAGCUGUAGAGACUGAGAAGUUGUUUUAGUCACAAACAAUCCACCUGUCUGUAGAUCAUGGUUUAUUAGAUUGUGUUUGCCCAAAUAAGGUGGUACCGUACCUGAAGUUUUUUCAACAAUUCUAAAAGCAUCUUUCAAGUCUGCACUGAGACCUCUAAGAUAUCUGUGUUACUUCCCUCAUGUACAUAAAUAAUUUUCAACUAGAAUAAAGGUGUGAAUAAUUUAUUUUUUCCACUGACUGGAAGCCAACCAUUUGGAAGACCACUCAGGAGAAAUGAGAUAAGUCUUUUGUUAAAAAUUACUUUUAUAUUUACAAGGAAAAGAGGAAGUUUUGUUCUUCUCUUUGAAUUUUGGUGACAAUUGAGAGCUUUAUUGAAUAGCUUUGGCAUGCAGAGUCAUUUUUCAUUAAAAACUGAAAAGGCAUCUGAAAUCUGUAUCUCUAUGGGUUAUUCGGCAGUGGAACCUGGGCAAUUCUGUGCAAGAGAUUUUUGAGAUAUUCAAUUUUUGGAAGAGAAACAAACACAAAUGCUCCUCCUCCAAGGGGCGGGGGCGGUGCCUGAGCGAUGAACCAAUCACAGCGCGCCCUGCCCUAUAUAAGGCCCUGAGGCCCAACCCCCACCCUCCGCACUUUACCGUACUUGCUGAGUGGUGUCUUCUGCUCUUUUUUGCUGUUAUGUCUGAGACGGUGCCUGCCGCUACAGCCGACCAGGUUCCGGUUUCCAUGGAGAAACCUCCAGCUAGGAAGCGGGGAAAGAAGCCGGUUGGCUUGACGGGUGUGAAUCGGAAGACAGUAAGCGCAUCAGUGUCCAAGUUGAUUACUGAGGCGCUUUCGGUCUCCCAGGAGAGAACUGGUAUGUCCUUGGCUGCGCUGAAAAAAGCGCUAGCAGCCGCAGGUUAUGACGUGGAGAAAAACAACAGUCGCAUCAAGCUGGGUCUCAAGGGCCUGGUGACCAAGGGGAUCCUGGUUCAGACUAGGGGUACCGGUGCCUCUGGCUCUUUCAAGCUCAGCAAGAAGGCUGCUCCUGAGCUUAGUAAGGGAAAAGUCAAAAAACGUGCUUCUGCGAAGAGUAGGAAGCUGGUCUUAUCCAGAGAUUCAAAGUCUCCGAAGAAUGGCAAAACCAACAAAAGAGCUAAGAAGCCAAGGACCACGGCGGCUCAGAAAGCUGCUAGGAACGGGCAAAAAGCUAAAAGAACCAAAGACAAGCAACAACGGAAGAGCCCAGUGAAGGCCAGGGCAGGAAAGCCCAAAACUGGGAAUCCUAAGUUGACCCAGCAGAAAACUAAUACUAGGAAAGCAACAACCAAGAAGUAACAUUUCUUCAACAACCAGUUUUCAUAGAACCCAAAGGCUCUUUUCAGAGCCACCUAAGUGAUUUUAGGAGGGUUGUAACAUCGUUUCCAGAAGUCUCUGGAAGAAGACUAUUGGUUAACAUAAGUGUUUGAUAAAUGAACCUGUGAUGUGGUGAAAUGUAUCUUACUGGACAUACAGUACAGAUACUUUAGCGUGGUUAUUGUCCAAUUCCAGAGAAUUGUCCAUCCUAACAAAACCAGGGCACAUUCCUUAAGUUCUUAAAUGCUCUGAGAAUACUGGAAGGGGCAGCCAUUCUCUUCCCUAGGAGGAUCUUGCCGAUCUAGGGAUCAAACCCAGGUAUCUUGCAUUAGCAGGCAUAUUCUUUACCAUCUGCACAGCUAGAGAAUCCCUCUUUGAGAGCUACUACGUUUAAAGUUUAGGUCUAGUUUCUGAGCGGAGAUCAGCUAUGUUUUACCAUGUUUUCUUCACCUAAUUCUACAGUAUGUACUUUUCUGUAUCAUUCUGCAUAAGGGUUCUGAACUCCGUAUCCAUGGACUUAACAGGGGUUAAUAUAGGGAAACCAAGGUCUCAAUUUGGGUUAGUGGGAAGUUUUUUUUACUUACUAAACAUCUUUCCACUGUGAUUUUGUGUAAAGCAAAUGGUUUUCGUUUUACAUUUGCAAGAAUAUUGAAAUUUUUGUCUUCGUUACUAUGAAAGCUGUGAUUAUUUUCUAUAUGUUAAGCACAUAUAUUAAAAUUUGGUUUUGUAAUAUAGUCUUAAUAUAAUUGUGGUUGUCAAUGAAGAGUGUCUUGUUCAUAUUGCCCUACACAGGCUGAAAAAUGUUAAACCAUGUAUGGAGAUGUUGGGAGCUCAAUGUGACCUUUAAAUUACAAACCUGCUUGUAUUAGGAAAAGCAUCUUUUCCACUUUAAACAAUUUAGUUUGUUUUUACUUAACUUAUAAUUUAGCCUUAAAGAUCCUCGUAAAUAAUACAUUUAUACUGUUCAUCUUGUUUUGGGCCUUGGUAUUUGGGGCGACUUCGAACAAACUCAAUGCAAAACUAUGCAGUUUCACAUACAGCCAUGUUCUACAGAUGAUUCACUAGGACAUAUACUGUCUGAAUUCAUUUGUAUAGUCGGACCUCUGAAGAAAAAUUAUUUCCUGUAUGGAAAAGGACUAAACACAAUGGUUUCGACUUUUAUAGAAUCAACCACAGCCCAGAACUCUCGGUAAAGUGGCCACUGUUUUACAGAGUCGGGAUAGUGAAGGAAAAUUAUUCACUUGCCAAAAAAGGCAGUUAAGCCCAUUUUCUGUACCCGAGACUCACCGCAGGUGAAGAGGAGGCUGGCUUCAUCCCAUCCAGCAGUGGGCCGACUGCCAAGCACUACUCGAACCUCUGCGGAACCGGUUAGACCACUCUGUGCCUUUGUUCCAGCGUCCUUCAGAGCCUGGCAUAAAUCGUAUUGUUCCGGGUACCCUAUGAAGCUCCAUGCCUUGGCUAACAGGAAAGCGGAUUUUUUUCCACCACAGUGAGAAUCGGCCAAUGAAAGCUUGUCCCCAAAGAGCCCUUAUUUACAUAGCUAUGUAUGGUGUGGGCGAGAACGCAAAGCUCUGUGCCAUUAAAUCCGCCAGUCAACCAGUUUGAAGGCCGGACAUUGAAAUACACAAAACGCCAGUAUUUUUAUUGGUUGUUUAGCCGAGUCUAAAACCCUAUUUCCAUUAUGAAAAAGUUACACUUCCCAACCCCUCGCAGUAUGGAUACGGAACUGCCUUAAGGCAACUCCUUUUCCCAGUUAAAAUACUUCCUUACUCACAUCUCGGU